AUGCCUGUUAUGGUGAAUAGAUUUCAUCCAAUUGAAUUGACACUUUAUGACAUAAUAUUCCACGAGAAACCGUGUAUAAGUGCAAUAGACUACUAUGGCAACUAUCUGUUUACGUGUGGAGAUGAUUGUGCAGUGAGAGUGUGGAACAUAAAAGUGUCAAACAGGAACAAAUACUAUGAGGUGAACUGUAGGAGAACAGAAAAAAAUACCAGUCUGGGAAUUGAACUGGUGAGGGAGUUUGUUGGGUUUGAUAAAAUGGUCACUGCAAUAAAAAUUAGGGAAUUUGGUGAUGAUUUGCUGGUGGCAAUUGGAACAGAAAAUGGGACAGUGACUCUACUGAAAAUAAGAGAAAAGGACGUGAAAGGGAAAGUGGAGAGAAGAGAACUGAACAAGGGAAUGGGAAAUGCGUGUUACGAUCUAUGUAUCGGAAUGAACAAGGUGAUUUGUGGAUUUAUGUCAGGUGAAAUUAGAAUAAUAGAUAUUGAUCAAAACAAGGAGAACAAUAAGAAUACUGAAAUAGCAGAAUAUCAGGUGCAUUCUGGAGCAAUACAAGGAAUGUCGUAUUGUGAGACAACAAAGAUGCUAGCAAUACAAGGAAGUGAUCACUGUGUCAAGGUUUAUUUGAUUAAUGAAACUGGAAUUGAUCUCAUUCAUACAGUACGAGAUGGUUUGGAUAAAACAGCAGCAAUAAACAAGAGGCUUCUGAUUGAUGAAGAAUAUCUCUACGUAUUCAAACGAGGAUUCACAUUCACAGCCUACGAUGUGAGAGACGAGUUCAAGCCAAGUUGGAAAAUGGGCCCAUUCAACAACGCACUGAAAAAGAUCGUAAGAGACGGGGAAUUCACGGCCAUUUUCACCAAUGCUUCAAUCUACAUUCUACACGGAGAAGAGAAAGUGUGUUACGUUGAUAAAGCAGCAUUCUGCGAGAUAACUGAUGGAUUUAUGACAAAUGGAUGCGUCUUCUACAGCUCAAAAGAUGGAUUUAUGCGUGCUAUUAGACUGUCACUAACUGAUUAG